AUGGAGGGUGGCGGAGGCAGCGCGGGGAAGCCGAGCCUGCAGCUCGUGUACCAGGCGGUACAGGCGCUUUACCACGACCCGGACCCGAGCGGCAAGGAGCGGGCGAGCUGCUGGCUGGGGGAGCUGCAGAGAUCGGUUCAUGCGUGGGAGAUCUCAGACCAGUUGCUACAGAUCCGGCAGGAUGUAGAAUCAUGCUACUUUGCAGCACAGACCAUGAAGAUGAAGAUUCAAACCUCGUUCUAUGAACUCCCCACAGAUUCGCAUGCUUCGUUGCGGGACUCUUUACUGUCCCACAUUCAGAACUUGAAAGACCUGUCACCCGUCAUUGUAACUCAGCUUGCAUUAGCAAUAGCAGAUCUCGCCCUACAAAUGGCUUCUUGGAAGGGCUGUGUACAGACACUGGUGGAAAAGUACAGUAACGACGUGACAUCACUGCCCUUUCUGCUGGAGAUCCUCACGGUGCUGCCAGAGGAGGUUAAUAGCCGAUCUUUGCGCAUUGGCGCCAACCGCCGGACCGAAAUCAUUGAAGACCUGGCUUAUUACUCCAGUACAGUGAUCUCCCUUCUAAUGACCUGUGUGGAGAAAGCAGGUAACGAUGAGAAGAUGCUGAUGAAAAUUUUCCGCUGCCUGGGGAGCUGGUUCAAUCUGGGAGUUCUGGAUAGUAACUUCAUGGCCAACAGCAAGUUACUGUCCCUCCUCUUCGAGGUGCUGCGACAAGACAAGACGUCCUCAAACCUGCAUGAGGCAGCCUCUGACUGCGUGUGCUCGGCACUCUACGCCAUUGAAAACGUGGAGACCAACCUGCCCCUCGCGCUGCAGCUCUUCCAGGGAGUCCUGACGCUGGAGGCCGCCUAUCACAUGGCUGUGGCCCGGGAGGAUUUAGACAAGGUUCUCAAUUACUGCCGCGUCUUCACUGAACUCUGCGAGACGUUUCUGGAUAAAAUUGUUUGUACGCCAGGCCAUGGGCUGGGGGACCUGCGCACGCUGGAGUUGUUGCUGAUCUGUGCAGGCCAUCCACAGUAUGAGGUGGUAGAAAUUUCCUUUAACUUCUGGUACAGACUGGGGGAGCAUCUGUACAAAACGGACGAUGCAGUCAUACACAGCAUCUUCAAAGCCUACAUCCAGAGGCUUCUGCAUGCUCUGGCCAGACACUGUCAGCUUGACCCAGACCACGAGGGUGUCCCGGAGGAGACAGACGACUUCGGGGAGUUCCGGAUGAGGGUCUCGGACCUGGUGAAGGACUUGAUCUUCCUGGUUGGAUCGGUGGAAUGUUUUGCCCAGCUUUAUGCUACCUUGAAGGACGGGAACCCUCCCUGGGAGGUGACGGAAGCUGUUCUCUUCAUCAUGGCCUCUAUAGCCAAGAGCGUUGACCAGGACAGAGCCUGCUUCACCCAGCCCUACGCCUCCCAGCCCAGGACACAGCACCGGCGAGCGAGAGGGACAAAGGAGAACAACCCGACGCUGGUGGAGGUGCUGGAGGGGGUGGUGCGCCUCCCCGAAUCCGUGCACACUGCUGUCCGCUACACCAGCAUAGAGCUGGUGGGAGAAAUGAGCGAAGUCGUGGACAGAAACCCUCAGUUCCUGGAUCCUGUGCUGGGUUAUUUGAUGAAAGGUCUCUGUGAGAAGUCACUGGCCUCUGCUGCCGCCAAAGCUAUUCACAAUAUCUGCUCAGUAUGCCGGGACCACAUGGCUCAGCACUUUAAUGGCCUGCUAGAGAUUGCCCGCUCCCUUGACUCCUUCAUGCUGUCUCCAGAGGCUGCUGUGGGACUCCUUAAAGGGACAGCAUUGGUUCUUGCCCGGCUACCCUUGGAAAAGAUAGCAGAGUGCCUCAGCGAGUUGUGUGCCGUUCAGGUGAUGGCACUGAAAAAGCUGCUGUCUCAGGAGCCGAGCAAUGGCCUGUCUUCAGACCCCACUGUGCCCCUAGAUCGACUGGCUGUCAUAUUUAGGCAUACCAACCCCAUUGUAGAAAAUGGCCAGACCCAUCCGUGCCAAAAAGUCAUCCAGGAAAUCUGGCCGGUCCUGUCGGAGACCCUGAACAAACAUCGUGCCGAUAACCGCAUUGUGGAACGCUGCUGCCGGUGCCUGCGCUUUGCUGUCCGCUGUGUAGGCAAAGGGUCUGCGGCCCUGCUGCAGCCGCUGGUCACGCAGAUGGUGAACGUGUACCAGGCGCACCAGCACUCCUGCUUUCUGUACCUCGGCAGCAUCCUGGUGGACGAGUACGGGAUGGAGGAAGGCUGCCGGCAGGGGCUGCUAGACAUGCUGCAGGCGCUGUGCUUGCCUACCUUCCAGCUCCUAGAGCAGCAGAAUGGCCUUCAGAACCACCCAGACACCGUGGACGACCUCUUCCGGCUAGCCACCAGGUUCAUCCAGCGCAGCCCAAUCACCUUGCUCCGCAGUCAGGUGAUCAUUCCCAUCCUGCAGUGGGCCAUCGCCUCCACCACCCUGGACCACCGGGACGCAAACUGCAGCGUCAUGAAAUUCCUGCGCGACCUCGUCCACACCGGGGUGGCCAAUGACCACGAAGAGGACUUUGAAUUGCGGAAGGAGCUGAUCGGGCAAGUGAUGAACCAGCUGGGCCAGCAGCUCGUGAGCCAGCUACUGCACACCUGCUGCUUCUGCCUGCCGCCCUACACCUUGCCCGACGUCGCCGAGGUGCUCUGGGAGAUCAUGCAGAUCGACAGGCCGACAUUUUGUCGCUGGCUAGAGAAUUCACUGAAGGGUUUACCAAAGGAAACAACCGGAGGAGCCAUCCAAGUGACGCACAAACAACUUACGGACUUUCACAAGGAGGUGACUAGUGCUGAGGAAUGUAAACAAGUGUGCUGGGCCCUGAGGGACUUCACCCGGUUGUUUCGAUAGCUCGAGCGCCCACUCUGUGCCUGUCUCCAAGGAAUGUCUUUUUAUUUAGAAGACAGGAAAUAAGAAAACCAAGAAUGUCCCACAAUCAGCAAACUUCAUUGUGGCCGAGGGCUUUCACUCACUCUAGUGUGCGCCGUCAAACCCGAAGAGACGCUUCCCCGCCAGGACAAGCCAGUGAAGUUACUGUUUGUGAGGGAGAGGGCAACUCAACCUACUAAAGAUGGCUGCAGCCGGACCUACAGCAUUGUAGGGGCAACGCUGCUUUCUUGAUGGACUCGC